UUCCUGCUCCGAGCUGCUUGCACGUUAGAUACAGACGCAACAAAAUGACAACGGAGGUGGAAACGAAGACAACGGCGAUAGAAAAUGAUAAGCAGACAAAAUGGGGAGCGUCAGAGACAGCGGAAGAAAGAAAAAGUAAAAAGUUGGUGAGCCGCGCUGAAAGUUUAAAUCUUCAACUGAAGGUUCGACCUGACGGUGAUGAGCAGCCCGGGAAUGAUGGCGUCUCUGAACCCCCCGGACUUUUUACCUUAGCUGUACAGAGAUACGAAGGAGAAACCUGUGAGGGGCAGUUUCAUGGAGAAGGUGUUGCUUUUUUUAAAGGAGGCCAUAUGUACAAGGGCAUGUUUUCUAAAGGACUUAUGGAUGGACAUGGUCUCUUCACACAGGCAACUGGAAUAAAAUAUCAGGGGGAAUUUGUUUCCAAUAAGCCCAUGGGCCAGGGCACCUACACAUGGCCAGAUGGCAGCAGUUAUACGGGGGAAGUCUACAACGGUAUACGACAUGGGAUUGGAACCUACAAAUGUCCCAAAAACAAUGAGUCUUACAGAGGGCAGUGGAAUCAGGGCAAAAGACAUGGAAAAGGUACAGCGUAUUACAACGAAGAUAAGACCUCUUGGUACAAAGGAGACUGGGUGAAGAACAACAGAGAAGGAUGGGGAGUGAGAUGCUACCCCUCUGGUAACAUUUACUCUGGCGAGUGGAAGAACGACCUGAGACAUGGAGAGGGAGCAAUGAAGUGGCUGAAACAAGGACAGGAGUAUGUUGGUACCUGGCAGGAUGGAGUCCAGCAUGGUCGAGGCACACAUGUCUGGAUCCUGAAGCGAGCGGAGGAAUCCCAGUAUUUCCAGAGCAAUCAUUACAAGGGGGACUUUAUUCAUGGUCAGAGGCACGGACAGGGAACCUUUUACUAUGCUAGUGGUGCAAUCUACGAAGGAGAAUGGAGGAACUGUAAAAAACAUGGGCAGGGCAAAUUCACUUUCACUGAUGGUCGUGUAUUUGAAGGAGAGUUUGUGGACGAUCAGAUGAUAACUCCCAGCCUGAGAACUCCCACUCCCUUCGGUGCAUUUCUUCUGUCAGAUAGUCACUCAUCUACACUAGGACCAGACAUGGCUCUGAGCAUUGAGUGUCUUCUGGACAAAAUCCCUGAGAGAAAGCGUGACACUGAGCGCACACAGGUGGAGUUUGUGGUGCUGAGGCAGGACAUCCAUCUGAGGUCUAUCUAUAGCUUCUACAGCAGACUUGGCUGUGUUCGCUCCCCGGACAACACCUUCCUGCUGUCCCGCCUGCAGCUCUGGCGGCUGCUCAAAGACUGUAACAUCCACCAUCAUGGUAUUACUCUGACACAGAUAGACCGUUUUAUCAGAGAGGAUGCCGGUUUAGUAGAGAUUCAUUCUCCUUUCACCCCCAUCCUGCUUCGUAAUCUCCUCAGCUGUCUGGUGAUUGUGGCCUACCACAUCUACCAUAAAGGCAUGAUUUCACAAAAGAACCUUCUGGCUGCCUGCUUAUCCAGACUGUUGACAGAUGACAUCCUUCCCAAUGCAAAGAAUGUAAAAGGCUUCCUGUUUAGGCAGGCAGACCUUCCAGUGGUGGCUUUGAACUACAUGAAGAGGUGCUGGGAAGUCUACCAGGCUUACUGCAGGGUCAGAACAGGCUCCACAGAUGACCUGACUAUGACCUGCCGACACCUGCUGUGGAUGUUUAAGGAUCUCCAACUACUGGACCAUAACCUGACCACAGCGAAGCUGAUGGACAUCAUCACUGCAGAGAGCUGUGACCCCAGCAACCGAUCCUCCUGUCUGGAUCUGGAGAUUACAUUCCUGGAGUUUUUUGAGGUACUUCUAGGCUGUGCAGAAGUGAAAUGCCAGCAUUUUUCUGAAGUUCUGGAGGAGGACGGACCCCUGUUGAGGUCUGACUCUGAGGCCAUGACGUAUCAACCAGAGACGGAGGCCAGUGAGGAGAUGAUGAAUGCUACAAUCAGUACUUCUCAAUCGUCAGAUGAUUCAACUGCUCAGCACGUGGGAAGUCAAGAUACCAAGACAAACCUCACUGAGGCAUCGUCAUCUGCAGAACACACAGAAGACCACAGUGAAGGGAACGACGUGCAGAUCAGUAGAAUGGAGAGUAAAAACCAGGAAGUGGAGCUCAGGAGCCAGACAGUGCAUCAGUUCUUUAACCACAUCUUCUUCCAAGCAUUUGACCAUCACCAGUUAGUGACCAGAAUUAUAGAAGAAGAGAAACACUGCCAGGAGGCCCAGAGAUGCAUCGCUCUGUCCAACGCCCAGCAAACAGCCAGGGAGAAAGGGCAAUAGGAGAAAGACAAAUGACACAGGAUGAUAAAGAUGCAGCAAUAUGAGCAGCCGAGAAACUUGAUGAACACAGGAUGAAACCGACUAGUCUGAACCUGUACCAUCCUCAGUCUGAAAACUAACAAAAUACAAUCUGUAAUAAAGGUAUUAAGUGUA